AUGCACUUGCUAGUAGCAUCAUUACUGAGCGUUGGAGUCAGUAGUGUGUUCGGAAUUCAGUGCUACAUCUGUAAUUCCAUUUCUCAUCCCGAUUGUGUGGACAACUUUGAGCAAUUCUUAAGGAAUUGUCCCGUUAAGUCGUUCGGCGGACGUAAAGCUGUUCCACCAAUUGGUUGUCGGAAAUAUAGUCAAACUGCAAACCAUGAGACAUCGAUUGUGAGGGAAUGUGCAUACCUAGGUGAAGACAUUGAGGACAAGAGUAAUAAGGGUUCAAUCGGUGUUUCACGUCUAAUGUCACAAUGCUCAAAUCGACCAGCCUGUAACGCAGCACCUUCUGAAGCUGUCGGCGUAUCUCUUCUAGCUGUGGUAGCAGUAGCAUAUCGUAUACUCGUCUAG